CAUGUGUGAAAAACGAUGGCGACGUGGGAUACUGGUAACACGUUGGAGAGCUGUCUGAGUAUUCUAAAUACUCAAACAGCGCAUCCAGAACAAUUUCUAAGUCUCCAGGAUGUCUUGGCAGCAGACUUCACUGCUCUCACAAAGACUCUGUACGAUUUGCAGAAAGCCCAGCAGCCAGUGGGCUUCAAGGGAAGCCCCCUGGACCAGCUGGUGGUGGAGAACUUUGACGAGGAGCAGAUCUGGCAGGAGCUGGAGCUCGAGAACCCUCCAGCGCUUGAGCAGUUUGAGGAGUCCGUGAGCCAAGUUACAGUAGACACAGGCCUGAAGAUUUUAGAGGAGGUGGAGGAGGAUGUAGGAGUCGAUGAGGGAGGCGAAGUAGAUGAUGAAAAUGAUGAUGAUGACGAAGAUGAUGAUGAGGACAAGGACCAGAGUGAUGACGAGAUAGAUGAAGGUGAGGAGGAGAGGGAGAACCAGGCAGAGGUCGGGGACAAGGAUGGAGACGGCUUCUCUGAUGAGGACUCGGAUGUGGACUUUGAUGUGGACGCGCUGGAGAAGGAAACCAAGCAGAAGAUGGACCAGAAAGGUCCUGCUGCGCGGCAACCCAAGCAGGCAGAGACCUCGGAGGUGGACGACAAGUUCUUCAGGCUGUCCGAUAUGGACGCCUUCCUGGAUGACAUGGACAGACGAGAGGGCAAAGAUGACAAGGGCGGUGAAGACGUAGACUACUUCCAGGACUUACCGUCUGGAGACGAGGAGGACCUAGCAUUCGAUAAACCCACGGUAUCAAAACAACAGAAAACGAAAAGCUCACGGAACCUGAAAUAUAAAGACUACUUUGACACAACGGAUGAGGUGCCACCCCAGAAGACGGCAGAUAAAGAAGAACCCGAAGAGGGUGGCGAGGGAGAGUUUGAUGAAGAGGACAUGGAUGAGGAAGACUUCGAUGUAGAGGCGGAGGAUAUUGAUGAGGAUGAGAGCAGACAGGCUAGAGAUGCUCUGAAGAGAGUGAAGUUUGACCUCCCGGAGGACAGUGAUGGGGAAGAGAUGGAGCAAAUCUUUGGAGGGAAAUCGGAGAAGUUAUCCAAGUCUUCGUUUGAGAAGCGUAAAGACAAGAUGGCGGAGCGGAUCAGCGAGCUGGAGAGCGCCGCGCUGGAUGAGAAACCAUGGCAACUCACGGGCGAAGUGACGGCUCAGACGCGUCCGGAGAACAGCAUGCUCGAGGAGGACAUUUCGUUCGACCAGGCUACCAGAAUGGCCCCUGCUAUCACUGAGGAAACGACCAUGCUGUUAGAGGAAAUUAUCAAGCAACGGAUAAAGGACCAGGUGUUUGAUGACGUGGUGCGCAAAGAGAAACCGAAGGAGGACGUGUUCCAGUACAAGAAGCGUCUGACUCUGGACCACGAGAAGAGCAAGAUCAGUCUGGCAGAGGUUUACGAGCAGGAGUUCGUCAAACUCGCUCAGGAAAAGAAGACAGAGGAAGAAGAAAACCCAGCCCAUGCUGAUAUCCAGAAAAUGAUGAACUCUCUCUUCCUGAAGCUGGACGCACUUUCUAACUUCCACUUCACACCUAAACCAGCUCUUCCUGAGGUGAAGGUGGUCUCCAACAUGCCCUCCAUCGCCAUGGAGGAGGUGGCCCCUGUCAGUGCCAGCGACGGCACACUGUUGGCACCAGAGGAAGUCAAGGAGAAGAACAAAGCUGGAGACUUGGUUGGCGACACGGAGAAGACGACCACGGAUAAGAAACGCGAGAGGAGGAAGAAGAAGCAGCUGAAACGCGUGAAGAUCCAGGAUAAGGAGAAGAGGCAGAAGCUCAAGGCAGCCAGAGCAGGAGACCAGAACAAGAAGGCCUCCAAGGCCGAGGUGGCCGACACGCUCAAGAAGCUCACCAAGGGAGGCCAGGCCAAGAUUCUCACGAAUGACGGCAUGGACAAGGCUCUGCGCUCCUCUCAGGCUUUCUUCUCCCAGCUGCAGGACCAGGUGAAGACUCAGGUCAAAGGCUCUAAGGACCAGAAGGGCAAGAAGAAGAAGAACCAGAAGGAGAUCUCCGGCAGCAAGCUCAAGUUAUAGGCCUAAUGUAGACUAAGCUCUCCAGUUUAUAUUUCCAUGUACAGUUGGUGUGUUUUAUUGUUAUUACCUGUGUGUCCACAUCAUCUUAUUUGAAAUUAAAGUCAUCAUGAUUUGUAA